AUGACGGGUCCGGGUGCCUCUGGUGCUGCCAUCGAUGCUGCAGCGCUACCAGCUGAAGCAGCAAUCCCUGCUGGCUUCCUGGGAACACUGGUCCCUGUGCGGCGGACGUAUGUGGAUGAGGUGCCCGAGGAGCUUAAGUGUCCGAUAUGUUACGACGGGGCUGCAAACUGCAGCACGCGUUGCGGCCACUCCUUCUGCCUCCACUGUCUGUACAGCCACAUUACAACCCGCAUCAUUCAUCAGCAGUCAACGGCUUGCCCCAUGUGCAGGUCGGCUAACGCGGGCCUGGGAAUCAGCAGCAUCUCCGGCGAGAGAUCUGCUAGGACGCGAGCCUUGAGGGUCCGCUGUCUCGGCUACGAAGGCGGCUGUCGCGUGGAGGGCCCCCUUUCUGAAGUGGAAGCCCACGAGGCCACAUGCCCCAACGUCCUCAUCUUCUGUAGAUUCAGAGAUGCUGGCUGCAGCACCCCCGUUUUGCGGAAAGAGGCAUCGCUCCACGAGAAUCGGUGCCGUUUCAACCCGGCGGUACGUUGCUGUGCUCACUAUCUCUCGGGCUGUAAAAUUCGGGGUAUUGAAGAACUCUUACAGACUCACGAGCCGCGAUGCAGGUACAGAAACAUGCAAAAGUUCGUAAAGUGUCGGCACUCAGCUUUAGGCUGCGGGCUGCGGAUAAGGAAGCAAUACAGAGAAAGGCACGGCGACUGCUGUGCCUUCAAGAUCCUCAACGACCUGAGACUCAAUGCGUUGCAGCAGGAAGGCCAAGAUCAGCCCAGCAGCAGCAGCGCUGCCCGUGAGGCCGCCUCGCCAGCAGCAACAGCAGCACCGUCGGAAGCGGCAACAAAAGUUUCUGAGUGCGCGGAUCUUUGCCUUGCGCUGCAAUGGCGAUCCCCUAAAUCCCUACCAGACGAUGUGCUGCUGCAUGCGCUUCGUCAGUUUCUGCCGAAUGUUUCCAAAAUAACGGACGGCCGGUUCCCGGGAGAGUUUCACGUCGUCUUAGAGCAAGUUCCUCUACUGGCUGUACGCGCGAUCGGGAUGGCCGGUGACCCCAAUAUGAGCUCGAACCUGUCUGCUCUGGGCCUGCUUUUUAAGGGCAUCACUACACUGCAGCCAUAUCCAUACACAGACACACCCGUAUCUGCCCUUGUCCUUUUUUCCGAUGCUGUGUACUGCGCGGGCCUCGGUGGUAUUGCCGCUCCAACAGCCAAAGUUCACGGCAGCAGUAGCGUCAACCACCAUUAUUGGGUAGAAACACACCACGCAGUAGAGGCAAACCUGCCCCUUGGGAUCCAAGGUUGGUAA